AUGCCUCCCCGCGCCCACUCCAAGACCUCCCGUGUCCCUCGACGACCUUUCGAGUCUGCCCGACUUGACUCUGAGUUGAAGCUCGUCGGCGAGUAUGGCCUGCGCAAUAAGCGUGAGGUCUGGCGAGUCGGUCUGACUCUGUCCAAGAUCCGUCGUGCUGCCCGUCAGCUUCUUACCCUCGACGAGAAGGACCCCAAGCGUCUCUUCGAAGGCAAUGCCCUCAUUCGCCGUCUGGUCCGCGUCGGUGUCCUUGACGAGUCCCGCAUGAAGCUCGAUUACGUCCUGGCCCUGAAGAUCGAGGAUUUCCUUGAGCGCCGUCUCCAGACCUGUGUCUGGAAGCUCGGUCUUGCCAAGUCUAUCCACCACGCCCGUGUCCUGAUCCGCCAGCGUCACAUCCGAGUCGGCAAGCAGAUCGUCAACGUUCCUUCUUUCAUCGUCCGUCUCGACUCCCAGAAGCACAUCGACUUCGCUCUUACCUCGCCCUUCGGUGGUGGCCGUCCCGGCCGUGUCCGCAGAAAGAAGGCCAAGGCCGCCGAGGGCGGUGAGGGUGGCGAGGACGAGGAGGACGAGGAGUAA